CAGAUUUUGUCACGAAAUUCGCAGUGCGGCAGUGUACACUCGCGUGUCGGGAAGACAAUACCCGGAUGAAUUGCAAAAUGACUACCUACGCGUUUAAUAUUUUGUUUGCCUAUUUUACCUUUCUUUUGGCGGUCAUGUCCAACGCGGAUAUGACUCAUCUCGUCAAUGCUCAAGUCACGGAUUCGCGAAUUGUUGGCGGCAAAGUGGUCAAUAUUAUACAGUAUCCUCACCAGGUCAGUUUACGUGAAAGGAAUGCCUCCAUACCGGAAGACCCCUACGACCAUUCAUGUGGCGGCAGCAUAUAUUCUGAUCGUAUUAUCAUAACGGCAUCGCAUUGCGUUGAUGAUACGGAGAGCAACGAACUUAUGGUUGUUGUAGGCACAAACCAACGCGAUGGUGUUGACGGGGUAAUAGUACCGGUUAAAGAGAUUCUGAUGCACGAAGAAUAUGAUGAAGAACUUGAGGAUAACGAUAUUGCUUUGUUGGUACUCGCCGCUGCGUUGCCAAUAAAUAAUUUCACCAUUAAACCAAUUGAAUUGACCGAGGUGCAACCGCAAGCUGGAGACAUCGCUACAGUAACCGGUUGGGGCCUAAACGCUGAAGGUCAGAUACCCGACUUUUUGCACGAAGUGCAAGUGCCGAUAGUCAGCAAUGUGAUAUGUGACGAACGUUAUGCGGGUGGCAUCACAGACGCUAUGCUGUGUGCGGGUUUAUUGGAUGUGGGAGGCAAAGAUGCUUGCCAAAUGGACUCAGGAGGACCGCUCUUGGUUAAUGGAAAACUAGCAGGUGUGGUAUCAUGGGGAAUCGGUUGUGGGCAACCCUACUAUCCGGGCGUGUACGCGAAUGUUUGGUAUUUAUUACCAUGGUUGCGGGCGACUAUCGCCGAGGUGGAAGAGGCACUUUUGAACGAAGAUUAUUCCUGCAUCAUUAUUGUCAGCCUAUUGGCGCUAGCCUUUACGAAUGCAGCUUGGGCGCGCACGCUCACCGAAGCGGAUUCAGCCGAAGAAGGGAUUAGCGCUGCGUUGGAUGGACGCAUCGUUGGCGGUUACACUGUUGACAUCACAGCGCAUCCGCAUCAAGUUAGUAUGCGUUAUAAGGGUAUACUCACACCGCAAAACAGUUAUACACAUAAUUGUGGCGGUUCCAUUUACUCCAAGUACCUGGUCGUGACAGCAGCUCAUUGCGUGAUCGGUAAAGUGGCGAGUCAAUAUCAAAUUGUCGCCGGUGCCAAUGAGAAACGUAGUGUCAACGGUGUAGUUGUGCCCGUCAAGGAGAUCAUUAUGCAUGAACAAUACACUCCAAGCACGUAUAACAAUGAUAUUGCGUUGAUAGUACUCGGUGCACCGUUGCCGAUUAAUAAUGUCACAAUUAAAGCAAUACCGUUGGCGGACAAGCCCUCAGCGAAUGGCGCUAUCUCCGUUGUUACCGGUUGGGGCACGCUCACAGAGGGCGGUGUCAGUCCAGAUCUAUUACAAGAAGUCAAAGUGCCGAUUGUCAGCAAUGAGAUAUGUCAACAGGAUUACAGGAACUCACUAAUUUCCGAUGCUAUGUUGUGUGCGGGCGUACGCGGCGUUGGUGGUAAGGAUGCGUGCCAGGGUGAUUCUGGUGGUCCCUUAUUGGUUGACGGCAAGUUGGCCGGUGUGGUGUCAUGGGGUAGUGGCUGUGCAAGGGCAAAUGCUCCAGGCGUUUAUGCCAAUUACAAGUUCGAUUUCGUUGCAUUACGGACGCACAAGAAAACAAUGGCAUUACUUCUUAACAACGCGCUACAACUUUUUCUUUUGGCGCUCUGUGCCUCAAUCACGUUAACGGUCUACGCCACACCACAAGGACGCAUUGUUGGCGGUGAGACGGUGGACAUCGCUAGCGCACCACAUUUAGUAUCCAUACGCUACAAGCGCAAUGCUUCCACACCCUUCAGUCACCGUUGUUCCGGCACAAUAUAUUCCGAGGAUGUCGUGUUGACUACCGCGCGUUGCGUCAUCGGCUUGGAGCGUCAACAAUUGUUGAUUGUAGCCGGCAGCAGUUAUCGUUCACAAAGUGACGGUUAUGUUUACCUCGUCAAAUCAAUUGCAAUACAUCCGGAUUUCGAUAUUUGGUUCAUCGAUAACGAUUUGGCCCUGUUGCGCUUGGAAUUUUCGCUCACCAGCCAAAACGUGAAGGUGAUUAAUCCGAUCAAACUGGCCGAGACUUUGCCCGCAGCUGGCAGCGCGGCUACAGUGGCUGGUUGGGGCGCAGCGGCCGAGUAUGCAGAGUAUGAGGAGCAAUUGCACGAGGCCAAUGUGCGCAUAGUGGACACUGCGCAGUGCAAAGAAGCUUAUGGCGCUGGGCGCAUUAGCGCGGCCAUGUUGUGCGCCGGUGGCGCAAGUGUAAAUGGUGUUGCCGUGGACGCGUGCCUGGGUGACGCGGGUAGCGCGCUUGUUUCGAACGGCACGGCUGUAGGUUUGGUAUCGUGGGGUAAUGGUUGUGGACGUGUGGGUUACCCAGGAGUUUAUACAAAUUUGGUGCAUUUCAAUGAGUGGAUUAGCAGAGAAGCGAUUGUGCCAUUAAUCGCCAUGCAGUGUAAAAGUUUCGCUAUCAAGCUUUGGCUCUUGCUUACUUGCUGCUUGGCGGCUACUGCAUCCUUUGGAAUACAACCCGCCAUCAUUGGCGGCCAUGAAGUGAACAUCAUCAAGCAUCCCUAUCUCGUUUCCAUACGCUACCGCUUGCCGGCCGACGGCGCGUAUUGGCACAAAUGCGCGGGUGUUAUAAUUACGGAGAAGGCAGUGCUUACCGCCGCACAGUGUGUUCGUGAAAUCGAAACGGAUCGUGUUAUGAUCGUCGCUGCCGGCAAUCAGCGCACUGGCGGUGUUGGCAAAGUAUAUCCAGCUACCAAGUGGAUCGAACAUCCGCAAUUUUCUACACGUACUGCUGAUUACGACAUUGGUUUGAUAUUUGUGGAUUUGCCUUUUGAAUUGAACGCUAUCCACCCUGCGUUGCGUUCAAUUAAUAUACGUGAGCAAUGGCCUGCUGUAAACCGUUUGGCAACGGUGGUCGGUUGGGGCUAUCGUGAGGAAUUCGGUCCAUCCUCCGAUAAUUUAGAAGAGACAAAAGUGCCAAUAGUCAGUCGCGCAGAGUGUGUUUCGAUUUAUGGUUCCGGUGAGGUCACCGCGCGUAUGAUUUGUGCAGGAUAUGUGAAGACCGGCGGUCAGGAUGUAUGCCAAGGCGAUACUGGCGGACCUUUGCUGUAUGAAGGACAAUUGGUGGGCUUAGUAUCGUGGGGUUAUGGUUGUGCGCGUCCAAGUUAUCCCAGUGUUUACACCGAUGUGGCCAGUCUUAAGUCAUGGAUUGUAGAGGAAUUGCAGAAGGCGCAGUCAUAAGAGAACAUUUACAUAGAACGGACAAUUGAAGAAAAUGCGUCACUUAAAUUCUGUUAUAAAAGCUGUCCAUUUAAAGUUUUGUAUGUAACUUUUUUGUAUUCUGAAAAAAUAAAAUUUUAAUCCUUA